AUGCUGAAUCAGACCUCAGUAACUGAAUUUCUCCUUUUGGGAGUGACAGACAUCCAAGAACUGCAGCCUUUUCUCUUUGUGGUUUUCCUCACCAUCUACUUUGCCAAUGUGUCUGGAAAUGGAGCCAUCCUGAUGAUUGCCAUCUUUGAUCCAAGACUCCAUUCACCUAUGUAUUUCUUCCUGGGGAACCUAUCAUGUCUGGAUAUCUGCUACUCCACAGUGACACUGCCAAAGAUGCUGGAGAACUUCCUCUCUACACAUAAAGCAGUUUCUUUCUCAGGAUGCAUAAGCCAGCUGCAUUUUUUCCACUUCCUGGGCAGCACAGAGUCUAUGUUGUUGGCUGUUAUGGCAUUUGACCGCUUUGUAGCUAUCUGCAAACCACUUCAUUACACUGUCAUAAUGAAUCAUCAGCUCUGUACCCAGAUGGUUGUUGCAGUCUGGAUCACUGGGUUUUUCCAUGCCCUGUUGCACUCCACAAUGACCUCCUACUUGAAUUUCUGUGGUUCCAACCAUAUCCAUCACUUCUUCUGUGACGUUAAGCCACUGUUGAAGCUGGCCUGUGGGAACACUGAGCUCAAUCAGUGGCUACUCAAUACUGUCACAGGGACCAUCGCCAUGGGCCCCUUCUUUCUGACACUUCUCUCCUAUUUCUACAUUAUCGCCUAUCUCUUCUUCAAGACCCAUUCUUGCAGCAUGCUUCACAAAGCACUGUCCACUUGUGCUUCGCACAUCAUGGUAGUUAUUCUCUUCUAUGUGCCUGUUCUCCUCACCUACGUUCGUCCUACCUCAGAGAGCUCCAUGGACCAGGACCGGAUCAUUGCUAUCAUGUACAGUGUGGUCACUCCUGUACUAAAUCCACUGAUCUAUACUUUGAGAAACAAGGAAGUAAAGGGGGCCUUGGGUAGAGUAAUCAGAAGGAAUCUGACUUGA